CCAAAACAAACCCCCGUCAAGAUACCACCAUCGCCAAACACAUACAUACAGACAUACAGACAUACUGACAUACCACCGGCAGGCAGGUCACGGUGUCUACAUGGUGGAAGACCUGUGAACUGUUGGUGAUGCGAGAGGAGAGACUGUAACGGAGCUGCUUUGCGCAAACAUAACUUCGAAUUGUUGCCGCAAAUGGAUAUGGGAAAUGACACGGCAACUGGCGACCCGACUCGCCAUCACCACGGUGGUGGCCCGACUAGCUCGCAGGACCAAUGGGCGAGAUACUUGUCCCAAUUUCUGAACUCUCGUCUCGACCCGGAGGAGUUCGAAUCCUAUGUCCCAUUGUUGUACAACAAGCAUCCUCUACCCCCCGUCCUCAUUGCCGACAUCUUCUUGCGCCCGCAGCCUUCCAACCACGAGAGCCUCGACCCACGCAUCUCGCGCUACCUCGAAGUCCUGACCCAGCGCAAGUUAGUCGACACGCCCUCGAUCCUGAAUGCUCUUUACAGGUAUUCGACUUCUCAGAUGUAUCUGCACUCUGCCGGCGCACAUGGGCAAGACCAAGACACUGAGAAUGCCUUGAACCAGGCGCCCUUACGAUGGGCGAGCUCCUAUACCCCCGAGGAGGUUUUAUUCUAUCGGCUGUCGAAAGCUGUAAGGCUAGGAUCAGGGAUUAAGACCACGGGCGAAGCGCUUGGAAUUUGCGUCCUCAUGGCUCGAUGGAUGACCAUGUUCACUACUGCCUCCACAGCUUUUGCGCAGGACGUCAUGGGCCAGCUCCAUAAUACUUCCAGAGAGGAGAUGGAAGCUGCCCGUGCCGCUUUCGUCAUGCUUCUCCUUAGUGUUUGCGAGAACCAUUUCGCCCUGCGUGGUUUGAGUCGGCCGUCUGCCAGAGAUGUGCGACGGGUUCUGUCAGAGAGCCUGACUUCUUUCAUUCCAUCUAUCUUGCAGAGUUCUUCUCAGAUCGCCAGCCGGCUAGAGCUCUUUCGUACCGAGACACUAGCUUCUUUUGAGCCCAUCGAUAAAGAUAAAAAAGUCGUCUCGAAUAUAGACUUUGACGACCUCGAAUCAUCCAUGGUCCUCGACAGCAUCGUCAUCCCCGAGUUGCCCAUUUCCAACUCGAGAGCCGGUUUAUAUAUCUACCUAAAUGCAUCGCUUGUCGGACGUCCGCUCAUAGACGAUGCCGUCCUCUUUAGCUACUUACAUAACCGGUACCAGGGCGAUAUUCAAACUACUACAAUAGACCUCAUUCUAGCCUCAUUUGAUGUUCUCGCCAAUGCAGUAUUUCGAAAUGAAGGCCAGAAAACUGGACACUUGCUUCGAUCAUACCUGAUAAAUAAACUCCCUCUAUUACUCGCCACUUUGGCAAACUCGAUGUUUGCCCCAUUGACUCCCCAAUACUGCAUCACAGAGGCCCUUGCCCAAGUCGAUACUAAUGCCUUUCCAACUCUAUCUGCCAUGUUCGAUGAUACAAAUAACAACAACACUUUUACUGACAGUGUCCGACAAGAUUUUUGUUUUGCAUGCUGUUUGCACGGUCUAAUACCAGAAUCUAGCAUUGAGGGUUUGCUAGGAGAAAUAACGUAUCAGAGCUUACCACAAGAUGGUCGACAAGUCAAAGAAAAGCUAGUUGAGCGUUGUAUCGCUGACCCGGAACGGAUUCAAGAACUGGUUCGUGAGAUAGACAAUAUGGACGGUAAUGCUGGAGCUGUCUGCCAGGCCUUGAUUGAGAUGAUCGGUCGUCUUUGCGCCAACAAGGAGACUAUGUCUCUGAAACUCCUAUGUAGCCAACUUGCUCAGAAGCCCCUUUCCUUAGAUGUGAUGCUUCUAUUUGGCAGGCCAGCAUCUAUACUGCAUCCACUGUGUGAAGUGUUAGACAACUGGCGUUACGAUGAAGAUCAAGGGGAAUAUCAACCUGUCUAUGAAGAAUUCGGCGCCAUCCUUCUCCUUGUUUUGGCGUUUGUGUACCGCUACAACCUCUCAGCUGUUGACCUUGGAAUCCGAUCUUCAGACACCUUUAUUGCAAAAUUACUGAACCAGGGCCAACUCAGCCGACCACUGGAUGAACUCACCGACUCAGAGAAAGGUCAUUUAGAUGGCUGGAUUGUAGGUCUCUUCGACACGGAAACUGGAGGCUUAGGUGAUGAACUCAUAUCUACAUGCCCUCCUCAGGAUUUUUAUCUCCUCGUGCCGACCUUGUUUUACAAUAUAAUGCUCGCGUACGAUACAAAGUGGCUCGCCGAAGAGAGCCUAAAGACAGGCGUUGAAUACCUAGUUGAUACUUUCCUUCUCCCUUCAUUGGUUGUGGCUAUCACAUAUAUGUCAAAUCAGCUGUGGACGGAAAGUAGAUCUGACCAGAAAGCAGUUAUUGCAAUACUGCAGCUAAUAUUACUUAACAAGAAGGGCUCUGACGAAGCACAAACCAUGCUCUCAGCUGUUCUCAACAUUGUGGCUAAGCCACUAGAACAUUCCUUGAGGUCUUACCAGAGACAGGAUCCUAAGUGUCAGGAGAUUGAGCCACUCCUUAACGCAAUCAAAGAUAACCUUCGCCUAUCAAGACGCACAGCAGGUGCGGGCCACAACGAACUUGAGGCAUGGGCUAGCACCGCAAGUGGCGGUCUUGCUGCUUCAGUUCGACACACAAUACAGGGCUUUUUACAGUGGAGCCUACAACCGGGUAAUAACAUAAUGCCAACCUCGUAUACACACCGCCAGAUCCUUGCGGCUCAUAGGAUCCUAGGGGCGAGAAGACUACUAGGCAUAAUUCUGGACGAGGUCAAACAACAAACGGAUGCUAGCGGUUGUAGCAUAAUGUACGACAUAGCCACGGCACUUAUCUGCGCCCCGGACGCAACCAACGUGCCACCACCGACAGUCAUGGCGUUGCUCGUAGAUCCAAACAAUCACCCCGUGAUCCCACAAACUCGAAUGACUUUGCGGGAAGCCUUGAAGUCCGAGGCCGAAGACUUUAAAAUUAUCCAAAACUCAGAUCCAGCAUUGGCGGAGCAUAUUGUCCGCUUAUACCGACGCGUGGAAGCACAACUCAUGAUGCCCCAACCAGCAGAGACGAUGCUACAAACCGGGCUCGGUCUUGAUCUGGAUGGUAACGCUGCUGCUGCAUUGGGAGUUACACAAGGCGAUGGGCUCGUGACCGGCGACGGCAAUCUAAGCCUAAAUCUCGGCAAUGCAGGAAGCGACAUGGGCCUUACUGGUGGCGCAGACUCUGGCGGGGGUCUUGAUUUUGGAACCGACGACGAUAUCUUCGGCAACUUAGGGGGUGCGGGUAGUGGUGCUGACCUGCUCGAGGGCUGGGGAGACGGGAUGGAUCUGUCUUAGGCGAAACGGACGAGAAUCUUUUUCGCUAGACGCUGAGGUUGGUAAGGGAUUACACAAAGCACAUGAUAUUCUCGCCGGCGGCUGAAAAUAUCAUUCAUACCCCCCCGGACAAUAUUGCGGAUAGCGACAUUGCAUUGCGUCUAACCUAGCGUUUACGGUGUUUUUGGUGGCAGCUUAUCACUGGCUGAUCGAGGUAUUGUGAGCCGGGCGAAAUAGCGAUAUGAAAGAUACCCUUGACCAAUUAUUACUGUGUUUUACAAA